AUGCUUCGAGUUUUGGAUAUUUAGCUAAGAGGAAGAGCAGUGAACGAAGCUUUCUUUUUCAUUUCGUUCUUUAGCACUUUCUACUGGUGCUCCGCACUUCGCUAUCUCAUUAAACUGAAGAACCAAGCAAGGGACUGAACAUGGGUGCUAAGAACCCGUCAUUUGUCCUCGAGGCCGUCAAGAAGGUCAAGUUCGAAGACCGCCCGGUCCCAACCAUCCAACACCCACAUGAUGUUAUGAUUAACGUCAAAUACACUGGCGUCUGCGGUAGCGAUGUGCACUACUGGGACCACGGCGCAAUCGGCCACCUCGUCCUCAAAGAACCCAUGGUCCUCGGUCACGAGUCCAGUGGGAUAGUUAUCUCCGUCGGACCGGGUGUCAGAUCGCUCAAACCUGGCGACCGUGUAGCUCUUGAACCGGGUGUUCCAUGUCGGCAAUGCGAGGCCUGCAAAGGUGGCAAAUAUAACUUGUGCGAUGACAUGAGGUUCGCAGCGACGCCGCCGUACGAUGGCACCCUAGCGAAGUAUUACAUUUUGCCAGAGGACUUUUGCUAUAAGAUCCCAGAGAGUAUGAAUCUACAAGAGGCUGCACUGAUGGAGCCGUUGAGCGUCGCUGUGCAUAUCACGAAGCAAGGAGGAGUGAAGCCCGGCGAUCAGGUCGUUGUUUUCGGCGCUGGUCCUGUGGGAUUGUUGUGCUGCGCGGUUGCCAGGGCAUUUGGUGCGUCGAAGGUCAUUGCUGUGGAUGUUCAACAGGUUCGAUUGCAUUUUGCUAGGAAGUACGCAGCGACGGCGACGUUCAUGCCAGGAUCCAUUCCCGCGGCGGAAAAUGCGCAAAGGCUGAAGGAGCAGUGUGGCUUAGGUCGUGGUGCGGAUGUUGUGCUUGAUGCAUCGGGCGCUGAGCCUUCCGCACAAACAGGAAUUCAUGCUUUGAGACCGGGUGGAACAUACGUGCAAGGCGGCAUGGGCAGGGCCGAGUUUUCUGUUCCAAUCAUGGUCGUAUGCACGAGGGAGAUUAGUGUGAAGGGAAGCUUUCGUUACAGCAGCGGUGAUUACAAGCUUGCUCUAGAGCUUGUUCAGACCGGAAAAAUCAACGUUAGGGAUUUGAUCACGAAAGUCGUCCGCUUCACCGAUGCAGAGCAGGCAAUCAUCGAGGUCAAGGCAGGCAAAGGAAUCAAGACAUUAAUCUCUGGAGUAGAGGAUUAGCUUUCAUCGUCUGGCCGCGACCGAAGGAAAAACCAUUGUAAUGGCCAUGUUCCGUCGAAAUUGAAACAUGCUUUUUGAAUGACUGCUUGCCCGCAUAUGAAAAUCCCAUUAUACACCAAAGGAGCACCGAGUAGGUUCUCCAAAGCACAACCCCAUUUUCCUGUCGCGAAAAAUGAUAUAUUAUUAGCAUUGGGAUGUACUUGGAACUAUCUAGCUGUUGCUGCGAAAUAUACGCUUAGAAGUAGUAUAACGCCGUGGUGAGAAGCCAACUUCAAAAUUGCAAA